GAAAAAUGGGCAGCUCGAUCAAGUGCUCCACAUGGACAAAGCAAGUCACGCCACGGCGAGAACAGGAGACUUUGCUCGCUCUCCUCUUCCUCCGAUGCCAUCGCGCCGCGUCGCCGUGAUCGGCGCGGGGCCCGCGGGCCUGGUGGCGGCGCGGGAGCUGCUGCGGGAGGGCCACUCGCCAGUCGUCUUCGAGCGCGCGGCCGGCGUCGGCGGCACCUGGCUGUACGAUGGCGAGGCGUCGGCGGAGCCGCUCGGCGCCGGCGGCGUCCACGGGAGCCUCUACGCGUCCCUCCGCACCAACCUUCCCCGCGAGUGCAUGGGCUUCCUCGACUUCCCCUUCGUCGCCGACGAGGACUCCGUUGACCCGCGCAGGUUCCCCGGGCACCAGGAGGUGCUCCGGUACCUCCAGGCGUUCGCUCGGUGGUUCGAUCUCCACGGGCUGAUCCGGCUCGAGACGGAGGUGGUCAGCGUCCGGCGCAGCGGGGACGCGAGCUGGAACGUGUCGUACUGCAGGAGGAAGCUCGCCGGCGCCGACGCUGGCGGCGAACUGCAGGAGGAGGAGGAGCAGUCGGAGGUGUUCGACGCCGUCGUCGUCUGCAACGGCCACUUCGCCGAGCCCCGCGUCGCCGAGAACGCCGGCAUAGACGGCUGGCCCGGGAAGCAGCUGCACAGCCACAGCUACCGUGUGCCCGACCAGUUCCACGGCCAAGUCGUGGCGAUAAUAGGAUACAACCCCAGCGGGAUGGACAUCUCAAGGGACAUCGCCGGCGUGGCCAAGGAGGUCCACGUCGCCAUUCGAGCGGCGCCUGCCGGGAUGCAGAGCACCACUGCUCAUGCCAACCUGUGGCUGCAUCCCAUGAUCGAUCGUGCCGAGGAGGACGGCAGCGUGGUGUUCCAGGAUGGCGGCCGGGUGAAGGCGGACGCCAUCGUGCACUGCACUGGGUACAAGUACAGCUUCCCGUUCCUGGAGGAUGACGAGGAGGCCGGUGUCGUCGCCGUCGACGACAACCGUGUCGGCCCGCUGUACAAGCACGUGUUCCCGCCGCGGCUGGCCCCUCGCGUCUCCUUCAUCGGACUGCCAUUCAAGGCGAUCCCUUUCCUGGUGUUCCAGCUCCAGAGCAGCUGGGUGGCUGGGGUUCUGUCGGGGAGGAUCGAACUCCCGUCGCCGAAGGAGAUGAUGCAGGAUGUGGCGGCAUUCUACACAGACAUGGAGGCCUGUGGACGCCCUAAGAGGUUCACCCAUGACCUCGGUGCAAGCAUGUUCGAGUAUAAGGAUUGGUUGGUUGAGCGGUGCGGGCUGGAGAGGAUCGAGGAGUGGAGGAAGGCGAUCUAUGUCGCGGCCAGAGGCAGGGUGAGGGACCGGCCCGAGAGUUAUCGAGACGAGUGGGACGACGAUGCCCAACUGCUAGAACAAGCGCACCGUGAUCUCGCCACGUACCUCUGAUGUACGCUCUUAUAUUUGUUUUACGGAGGGAGCAUUUCUCCACAACGGUAAUAACUUUUGUGCCUGACAUCAAGAUUUGAGUGAUGAA